CGACUACAUAGAUAUCACAAGGCAUUCAUCAUCGAGCGACACGCCCAGACCGAGCGCCAAGGUGACAGCUCAGCGCUCGGUUAACGUCAGCUCUUGAUAAUCAUCGAUAUAUAUAUACCAUUCUCCGACUCGAUGCACGGCAUUAAUGACGCGACCGAAGAAGACUCCUUCAAAACUUAUCAUAAAUAUCCACCCAGUCUACGAGCCAGUCCACGCACGUACUACUAUAUACCUUACACUGUAUGGUUUUGUCGCACACUGCACAACAGACAUUCAAGUAUCUUCAGGUUGCGCCGGCCGCGAUCUGGAUACUCGAUUAUUUUUUGACUUUUGAACAUGAAGUCCGUCUGUUCAGCAACAUGAGCUGCUGGAACAUUGUCACUGUCAUGUUCAUCCUGGCUAGAUAUGCUCCCGUAAUAUGGAUCAUCACUCAAAUAUAUCUCACUCUUAGCCCAUGUUCACCAGAAACGUGCUUGAUAGUAAAUACAACUAGUGGGACGUCCCUCUUUUUUAUCAUGUCCGCUGCAGAAGGUCUGCUUCUGGUGCGUAUACUUGCCUUGUGGUAUGACAGCAGGAAGAUAAAGCUAUUUUUAUUGGCGAGCUACUUGCUUAUCGUUGUCGCUAUGGUCAUUUGCGAUGCGCUUCUGGCGCUUCUGCUCGAAAACAUAUGUGUACCCACUCCAAUGGUUUCAGAGUUUACGACAAUGGAACGUCUGAUAACGGGCAAGUUUGUUAGCGCAGCACUGUUUGAACUCAUAGUGAUCACUCUUACAAUGUAUCAUUCAAUACGACUACGCUCUGAUGGUAUACGCUCUAUCGGUAGAGUGACGUCAACCUUGUUGAGGGGUAGUUUGCUAUAUGCACUGUCGCUUCUUGUAAUUUCGAUUAUAAACAUAGUUUCUUUUUCAUUGCCGGCCUCAUCGCAGGGGCAGGGUGGAAUUAUGGUUGUGUUCCAAGGUGUCUUGCAUGGUGUCUUGGCUUCGCGCGUUCUUUUUGAUCUAAGGGAUCUGGGGGAUACAGAUCAAGAUGAAGAACAUGACUAUGUAUUCACCUCGUAUAUAUCCCUUCCUCGCACUCAGCCCGUAUCACCAAUGACUGUCUCACAUGCCGAAAGUAAUGCAUGAU